AUGGAUCUAAUAGCUGAUGUAGGAAUGGACCUUGAUGGUCAAUUUGAGGGUAAUAGCAUGCCGGACUUACAGGUUUUGGGUCAUCCAGAGAUGACCAUGGCCGACAUAAUCAACAGUGGGAAUUUGUCGCAAGAUAUUCCGCAAUCAUAUGCAGAGUUGCCUCCUGCUAUGGAGGUCAAUGUAGACACUGUACAAAGCAAUAUACCCAACAAUCCAGGGCUACCAGAAGAUAGUCAAUUACCUUUGAUGGUCUUCGAUGAUUUUGACAUGGUGAAUCGGGAUAUUACCAUGGAUUUGGGUUUAACGGAAGGGGAUCUUAAAUUUCUUUCCUUACUGAACACCCAAAGCACAUUCUAUGAGAACUGGAUAACCACAGAACAGUUGUCACAAGGACCUCAAUUACAUGAUGUGGAGCAAGCUCAGCUGAUGGACAGUGACGCUUAUCACAAUUCGCCAUUGACGAAUUGGACACCAGGAACUGAUGAUAAUGCAUACAUGGAUCAGGAGACCCAUCUCGAUUCAUGGAUUCACGAAUCAACCAUGGGGUUGAACGAAGCCUGUCCUGAAUUGGUCAUGGCUUUAGCUGCGGCUGGGGCUAUUUUGUCUCCGGUAGAAGCAAUUCAGAAACUUGGAUACGCGUUAUUGGAGAUCGCGCGUCUUCACUUGAAUCAGAAGCUUCAGGCGUAUGUUUUGAUCUUGCACAUGGGACUAUGGAGCGGUCACAAGCGGAGAAUUGAAAUCGCAGAGAGCUUUGGGCAGCCGAUAGUGACAAUGCUACAAAGAGCGUCGAGGUUUAAAGGAGAGGCUUACUCUGCCGUUAGACCAGAAGAAGGUGACCACAGUGAAACCCUUGAGCGAAAAUGGCACGAAUGGGCAGAGGCAGAGUCAUAUAAAAGGCUCGUUUAUCACAUGUUUAUUCACAACAUACAAGCAUAUGUGUCGCUAUCCAUUAACCCAUUGAUAUCUUACGUCGAAUUAGAUCUUCCUCUUCCAUGCCACCGGAAGUGCUGGGACGCAAAAUCUGCCGCUGAGUGGAAAUCUUCUUAUUUUGAGAAUAUCCGCAAUACCCCAGAGCCACUCCCAUCUCUUUCCCGCUCUCUUCAGGAUAUGUCCACUCUCAGCCAAACUCGCAGCCAGCUGGACUUUGCACUGACUGGGUUCCUUUCUGUCCAUGGUAUUUUCACCAUUCUGCGUGGCUUGGUCUUUCAAUCAUGGCAGCACGAGUUACAGCAGAUAUUGGAGGAGCUCGAAAUGGUCAUUGUAGAGCCACUUCAAUCACAUGUUCCAGAGCUAUCUCUUAUCUACCAGGCGGUUUCGUUAUCUCUAUAUAUACCGCUUGGAGAGUUGGAAAUUUUUGCGGGCAAGGACGGUCUGGAACGGUCCAACGACAUCCAUGACGAAUUUAUCAAGCACAUCAGCCCUGCAAAUCUCUGGCAGGCGAUAUGGCACGCAGGACAAGUAUAUCACAUUGUGAAAUUGAUACCCAGCAGGGCCGUUACUGGGUUCUAUGCUACCUGCCUCUAUUUUGCUGCUCUGGCACUCUGGAUGUACAGCACUGUCUCAACUAUAAGGUCCCCAUCUCAGACGAACCGACAGAAUGAUGUGGAAGAGCCAGUAUUAUUUCUCUUAGAUGCUGAAGUUGACGCAAUCGCCCUUCGCCGUUUCAUACUCUCUGGGCACGGAACCCCUGCACUGGGCACUGCAGACGACCCGGCAUAUUUGAAUGAUCAGGCUGCCGUCAUGCGUUGCUUCCGAGAGGUGCUCUGUUCAAACCACCCGGGUGGAACCGUGCAUGGACAGACACGCGCUCUAAACAAUGCGUUUUCUGCACUUGGAAGUUUCAGUGGGAUCAAUGGCUGAGAUGCACGCAUCAUAGAAGUGUAGGGUUGAAACAACGAUUACUCCAAGACUUUUCCAUUGCCUGAUUGCUUUCUCUGCGUACCGCUUGCUGUCUCAUAAUAUGGCUCAACAACCCCAAGCUUCAUUCCGCCAACGUACAAGUGAUUUUCUGAUCACCCGUUGUUCGGAACAGCAACAAUAGGGAUGAAUCAUGCUAUCAUGACCUCUGAACCGAACAUGAAGACAUUCAAUAGACGUCAACAGCCAGAUACAGAGGCUUAUUUUUUCUC